AUGGCGGUCGAUGACGAUUAUGAUAGCGAAGAUUAUGAUGAUAGCUACGACUAUAAAGAGCACCAGGAGCGCUACGACAGUCUAAGGGAAGAGUUAGACGACGAAUCUGACAAUUGGGACACAAACAGACGGCGCGAACACCUGGAGAACAUGAGGAUUGCUAGUGAAGAAGAACUCAGAGGUCGUGAAGAAGCACGCGAGCAAUGGGCUGAAUAUGGUGACGACAAUGAAGGUCAUGACGACCGUAUCGAUCGUAUACGAGAUCGCAAUCUGCUACUCAAUAACGCCAUUGCGCAUGAAGAUGGCGAAUAUGAAUACGAUCACCGCAGCAUGCAGGAGGGAGACUCAGACGUGCAUGAGGAGUUAGAGCGGGAGAAUGAAUGGCGGUGGGCGAACCAAGCUGAACCACAGCACGAAGAACAGGAGGAUACUCAGGAAGCAGAGGAUAGCGACAUGGACAUUGAAUCGGAUUCGGAUAGUGACUACUAA